GGCUGCGGGCGACUUGGUGCGACGAAUCUGUACCCAAAAAAACAAAACAAACCAAAAACCAAAAAAGAAAACCGCCAACGAGAAUCUGAAGAAGAGCGGAUGAAAGGUGCCAAAACCGCCUGAUGCUGCAGCCUAAUCUGGUCACCUGGGACUGAAAACACACACACACACACACACACACACACACACACACACACACACACACACACACACACACACACACACACACACACACACACAGUAACAAUCACACGAGCGUGUUUGUCCAACAUGGCUUCAGACCCGCCCAUCUUGACAGAGCUGGAGGAGCUGCAGAGGAGAGCCAAUCAGGUCACAGAUGAGUCCCUGGACAGCACAAGGCGAAUGAUGCAGCUGGUUGAAGAGUGUAAAGAUGCCGGGAUCAGAGCUUUGGUUAUGCUGGAUGAACAAGGAGAGCAGUUGGAGCGUACUGAGGAAGGCAUGGACUCCAUCAACAGGGACAUGAGAGAGGCAGAGAAGAAUCUGACAGACAUGGCCCAGUGCUGUGGUCUGUGUAUGUGGCCAAUCAGGAAACUCAAGGCCUUUGAGGAGAGCGGGGCGUACAAGGCAGUUUGGGGUGGAGCCUCUGGUCAGGAUGGCGUUGUGUCCAGUCAGCCGCCAUCGUCUCGAGUCGUUGACGAGAGGGAGCAAAUGAUCAUGAGCGGAGGAUACAUACGGAGGGUGACUAAUGACGCCCGCGAGGACGAGAUGGAGGAGAACCUGGCUCAUGUCGGCAGCAUCAUCGGAAACAUGAAGAGUAUGGCUCUGGACAUGGGCAACGAGAUCGACACGCAGAACGUCCAAAUCGAGCGCAUACAGGGCAAGACUAUCCUCAAUGUGUCCCGCAUUGAUGCUGCCAACCAGAAAGCUAACAAUCUCAUGAAACGAUAGGAGCGCUCUGCCAUUUCCCUCUUUUUCUACAAACUCAUCCUGCUUGCACUUACAAUGUCUUUUGCAUGAUGUGCCGAUGUGCUGCCGCUGUUAUUCUCUGCCUUACAUAAGUCACUUGUUAGUUGUCUUUUCAUGGUGUAAACAUCCUGUAAUAUUAUUGCUAUCAUAUUCCUAUAGAGACCAUGAAUCCAUUAUUCUCAGUAGUGAGGUUAUAGCGACCUCUGGGGUGUUAAUUAAUCUCGUGUUGUAGUAUUCCUGUUUAUUCCUGUAUUACUCUGAAACUCGUAUGAGAUAUUUCUGAAAUGUGUCAGAGGGUCAUAAUGGCUAUUUUUUUUUUGUGAGGAUUUCACGGCGAGGCCUUCGUCACUUUAUAUUUCACACUCCGCGUUUCCCCUCAAGGUGGCCUCUGUGGUCAGCCAGCAGAGAGUAAGAUCAUAGGAAGCUAUAAUGAUCCCUGUGGGGAAACUGGGCCACUGCAGCAGCACCAUCACCGCCAACAGCAGCAGAGAGCAGAAUCAGGCGACACCAAAUAUGUAAAGUAAGAAACAAUUUCAAAAGCUGAACACGUGCGGAACGACAGGGCGAAGAAGAGCGGCUUCGUGGGCCGGGGCGUGCAUCUUAAGCCGAUAAAUGGCCAUAUUCUUCUUCCGAGGAAAUAGAGGAAUAGCUCUGUGUGUGCAGAAUAUAUAUCCAAAUUUCAAAAAGGGAAAAAAAAAAAAAAUCAUCCACAGCUAUCAGCAAGCAGUUUACUUCCCAGUGUAAACAUCACAGCAGAACUCCAGAGCUGCCACCCCCUUUUCUCUAGUCUGAAAUGUUCCAUAAUGGUUGAAACACGUGCAUGAGGGCGCCCUCUGCAGGCCCGGCCGGGGAUUGUCCAGAAGAAGGAAACACGUAUUUGUCCCCAGAGGAGGAUCUCUGGCGACACCAAGCGGACAAACGUGGAACCUGCUCUCCCCGGCCUCUCCAUCUUCUUUCUUCUCCACGUUGAUAUAAAAUGGUGGUGAAAUGAUGAUGAAUUGGUAUGUGGGU